CAUUUCCGAUGUCGGCGCGAGCAUGCGCAGUUCAAAGAGGUGACGUCACAAUGACCUGGCAAACGAGUUUCCGCAGCGACGUUCUUUUCCGAUAGGCUCUUGGAAGAAUGGUGCAAGAUUAGCGAAGAGAAAGGCAGAGUGAGAUCUGUUUGAAUGAAAACGGUUUCGAAUGCGUUCUUCUUAUUAUUAUCUCUUGAGGUAUAUGCUUCAUUCUUACAAAGUGACUUCACGUCUAUUACUCCAAAAUCGAAUGCGUUGUUCUUGCUUCUUGCCUGCUGCUAUUUCUGUUUGAUAAGUGUUCUGUUGUCUGUUUAAAAUGCCUGUAAAAAGGAAAAGAGUCACUAAAAGCCAGAUUAAAAUAUUGGUGGAACAUAUGGAGAAGAAUGCAAAUUUGAACUCUGGUACCUUGAACUCGAACUACUCUUCUGCCCAGAGACAGAAAGAUUGGUUUGAAUUAGGACUAAAGCUCAAUGCGGAAGUUUUCGGAGCGGAAAAAUCUAUCGAAAAAUGGCAAAAAACCUGGAGCGACUACAAAUCUGAAGUGAAAAGAAGACAUCGAGAUUUCCAAGAGAAAAUUAUUACCGGUCCUUUUGCAUUGCGAGAGCUUACUUCUUUGGAUAGAAGAAUUUUAAAAUUAAUGGGAAAAGACGUUACUGAUGGAUUCGAACCAAAGGUUGAGUUUGAAGAUGCUGCAAGCGACCAGUUACCGUGGGAAAUAUCCCAGGUCAAUUCCCUUUGCCAAGAGUCAGUAGCUCCCACCAUACAAGCAAAAGCAACCAGUCAGCCUUUGAUACUAACUCCCGCGACUUCAAGCCGUCUCCCGGAGGAGAAGGAUGAUUCCCUUCCAGGCAAAGGCAAGGAAGAUGAAGAGACGAAUGACAACAGCAAGAAUCAGCUUGAAGCACCAUCGACUACUACUUCAGCAAUAAUGGAAGUGGCCAAAGCGCUGCGGACACUUGCCGAUAUUCAGUCUAAAUUUCUUGAAAUAGAGGACAGAAAAGCAUCUGCGUUUGAAAAAAUUGCAGAACAUUUUUGUAAAUAAAUUUAUUUAUAUAUUUGUUACAACCACUACAGUGUGGCUCUAAAAAGUUGAAGCUUGUCCUUGCCAACUCUCACUUCUUU